CCGCCGUGUGAUCAAGUCGUCUGGCUCGUGUCCACCAACUUGUACCAGUACUUGUGGUCCGCCACAUAGCAGCACCCAGAUGGCUACGCAGUACUGCCGGCAUGGAAAUAGUUGCUCGAGAUGAGAUGAUGCCUGCGAUGAGGAGAUGUGCAUGGACGGUUUACAAAUCAGAAAACACGUCAGACUUACGGAUAGCCUGGGCAUAUUUACUAUAUGGCGUUGCCCACCUACCGAAUACCAGGGUCCAAACCUGAUCCAGGCGCCGGGUGGUAUUCUCCGGGGAAGACAAGAUGUUUGGAGAUUUCGCGCCGUGGCUAUUUUUGAGCAGAGACAGCGCUGGUGAGGCACCCCCCAGCUCAUUAUUCACCGUGUCGUCCUAUGACACGCUGCUUUACCAUUGCUUCAUAUAUCACUGUUGCGGCGUUGCGCACACUGUCGCCGCACCGCAGUGCAACCGCUGCCCAGGGCGCGUCGACACAGUGCGACGUGACCGUUGGAGGUAGCACUACAUGGCAGCCGAUAUCAGUCCCCCCAUCGCCUGACAGGCUCUCGUGCUCAGCCCAACCUCAACAAUCCGUCUUCAACGGACUGACGAGUGCGUUUCUACACAAAACAUCGUCAUCUGCUGUCUUUCCUCCAUCGAGAUCCCAUCUCAAAUAUUCUCCUGCGAAGUUUCUCUACAACAGUGGCCAUCCUUUGACGCGAGCGUUUGCCCCCCGACAGCAUCACGAGCGGGCGCAUGCACAGCGAGCGGGGUCAGUGACAACCAGACCGCCCCUCUGAUAACGAUCAUCUCGACGGACUUCCCCUCCUCCCAACAACCCUUCUCCUUUCUGUGAGAGACAAAAUAAUAAUAAUAGACUUGGCGUCAUACUACGAAUGCUUUGGUUUGUAUGAGAUAAAUCGCCAUGGAACAAACCCAGAAUCACAGCCGGCACAUGGCGGCUUCGGUCGCCAGCCAGUCCAGCCCAGGCCUGCCCCAACGGCGCUUCGACGAAUCUUGGGUUGAGCUCUCCUCGCAGCCCUCGUCUUCGUCCCUUUCUAGUAUCGGAGAUGACAUCGUCACGACUGGCCUUUACGUGGCCAACCCUCAUCAGCGUCGCCGGCGCUUACACGCCGCAGCCCGAUCUCUGCCUUCGAGCAACACAGCCAUCCAUGCUGCUGAAACAAGCAGCCAAGAAGAAGUCGACGAAAGUGAUAGCGAUGAAGACCACAUCACGACCAUCUCUGCCGAAAAUAUUCAUUCUAGCGAGCAUGUCGAGUCUGAGGCUUCGGACGACGACUCGGACGACUGCGAUAACGCAACUGCGCUAGGCAGGGCAACUGAUGCCGCCAUAUUCCGCCCACAACCCAACGCUUUUUCACACCCACCGUCCUUUGGAAACACACGUCGACAUUCUACAAACUCAUCUCUGCCUACUCAUCCUCAUAAUGAAUUUAGACGCCCCUCUUUUAGCCAGCGGUCUCAAACCAGGGUCCACCGCAGCGGUCCCAGCUUCAUGUCUCCCAGUAUCCGGGAAGAUAACGACGCCGCACUACGUGCUUCACUAAACACACUCUUAUCAUGUGCCCAUGCUGCCAGAAGCCUCCCCAAGACGGAAGAAGAGGCUGCGGCAAGACGAGCGGCCAGCACCGGCGUAUUGCCCAGCAGCCAGCCAGUCGAGCUUCGCUUGGUUGCCGAAUCUGAACUCUUGGACGAGGCACGCAGCGCACCAUCUCCUCGUUCGCAGCCACGAACAAGAACUCCAGUUUAUGGCUCGCAGACACCCGCUAAAUCUAGAAGAUCGGAUUCGGCAGGACGUAGCCCCCGUGCUGCCAAGAAAAAGCGAACAGUCGUGGCCGCUGAAGAGGCUACAUUCAUCUCGCCCACACUCAUGACAUGGGUCGUCAGCGCCGGUGUUGUUGUCCUGGUUUCUGUGGUUGGAUUUGGAGCCGGCUACGUCAUCGGCCGUGAGGUGGGCAGACAAGAGGCUCAGGACGUCUUGGCUGCUAGUGUUGGCUCGAGCAUGAACGAGACGACUACUUGCGGCCAGGAAGUGAUGCGCUCCUCUGGUAGUGGACUGCGCAGACUUCGGUGGGGUGCCAUGGGUAAGAGCCUUGUUGCUCAAGCUUAAAUCAGCAGCUAUGGAGAUAUGAUCUCAUCUGCUCACAAAAUAGCUGCGGCGCUACCUGCCUGAAAUAUGAUGGAAUACUAGGAAAUGGUGUGGGUUUUGCUUUCUUUUGUUCAGCUGAAAGUUUCGCAUGUAUGGAGUUUCAACUUGAUUUGCUGCUGUUGAUUUUCUGGGCCGAUAAAACGCAUCUGUUUACGGUUUUAGUUACCCUUUUGAUUUUCUUCAAUGUCUGCGCAUUUUGCUAUUGGAGUUUGGACUUGGCCUGCCUCUCAAGUCGGCCGCGGGAAUAAUGACGGUAUAUAUCCUACUUUAUAUACAUACACCCUACUUUUUUUUCCAUUUCUACUGUCUUUCAGAUCGAGUUUUUAGUGCAGUUAGCAACCAAAGUUAUCACUG